CACCCGGCAGUAGUUACGGAAGUCAGCCCCACUUCUUCCUCUUUCUCUCGGACCAGGCGGCCUCAGCGGUGAGCAACGCAGCCAUGGCCAAGAUUAAGGCUCGGGACCUGCGCGGCAAGAAGAAGGAGGAGCUGCUAAAACAACUGGACGAUUUGAAGGUGGAGCUAUCCCAGCUUCGCGUCGCCAAGGUGACAGGCGGCGCCGCGUCCAAGCUCUCCAAGAUACGAGUUGUCCGCAAAUCCAUCGCCCGUGUUCUCACCGUCAUUAACCAGACUCAGAAGGAAAACCUCAGGAAAUUCUACAAGGGCAAGAAGUACAAGCCUCUGGACCUGCGACCCAAGAAAACUAGAGCCAUGCGCCGUCGGCUCAGCAAGCACGAGGAGAAGCUGAAGACAAAGAAGCAGCAGCGGAAGGAGAGGCUGUACCCGCUACGCAAGUAUGCGGUCAAGGCCUAAUGGAAGGGCAAUAAAGUGCAAGA